ACCUGCGAAAUCUACAGAUGAAGCAAGCAUUGUUGUUGAUGUUGUUUCUAAGUUCAGCAAUUUAUUGCUCGGAUUUUAAUUUGUCAAUUAGAGGAUCAAUAUUCAUUGUACCGGAUGUCACGGCCAAUUGGUUUCAAGCUGGAGAGUACUGCAACUCCCUCGGUAUGCGGCUGGCAGUGAUCGACAAUGCUGAUGAGAACACCCAAGCAAUACACUCCAUUCUGGAUGCGGGUAAAUUUGCGGAAUCUACAACGGAAAUUUGGAUUGGCGGUAGUAACCUUGGACAAGGAACAGAUUAUUACUGGCAACCCACGGGGGCAAAGUUUGAAGAAACAUUUUGGGGUAUAGGCGAACCGAACAAUCUCGGCGGUGUUGAAAGCUGUGCCCAGCUUCGCCACACUCCAACCCAGGAUUGGCACUGGAACGAUAAGCAAUGCACUUUAGCUCGAAACUUUGUAUGUGAGAGUACCUUUGUCAGUAGAGUGGUUUCAUAUGCUUUGAAUGUAUUGUAUGGGGAUGAAACUCCGUUUAACUAAAGCUUAACAUUUAUGAAGAAAUGCAGUUUUCAAGGUUAUCUGAAAUCGAUUAUAUGAAACAAACUAAUAAUAAUAUCCAUUUCUACAGUAAAUGUUAUACUUUAUCUCUCAACACAAAAUAAUUCAUCAAACGAAUUUGGAAAUAUCUGACAAAGAUUGCAUACUUUCUGCAAGUCAACCACAGUCCAAGAAUACCGAUAAUUUAUUACACACUUGUGAUAUAAGGGCAACUGGUUACCAUUAAAUCCAACAGUUUACCACCUGUAGGAAUCCUAUACGGCUCACACAUAGUGACAUAAACCUAUUAAUUCAGGGCUUCGCUGCAAGAUAGUGCUAAUAAAAGUGUCUUCGCUAAGCUGGCGUGAAAUAGCGUUUGCCAUUAAGCUAA